AAGAUAUGAAAUAUAUUCUUACAGAAGAGCAUGUAGAUAUCCCUGAGAAGAUCGAAAUCAAGGUAAACUCAAAGAAAGUUGAAGUUAAAGGUACUGAUUAUAGUUAAUGGUUUCAGGACCAAGAGGAAUCUUGCACAGAAAUUUCAAACAUGCUUCCUUAGAUAUUUAAGUUUAAAAGAAAUUGAACAAAUAAACAAAGAAGGAGAAAUCUAGAGUUAACAUUAGAAUGUGGUAAUCAUACAGAAAGCAAAGAUGUUAAGUGAACUCAGUUGCUGCUUAAGUAAAGAAUAUGAUUAGAGGUGUUACUUCAGGAUAUAAAUUUAAAAUGGUUUUAGCAUAUGCUCACUUUCCAAUCAUCAUCAAUUUAUUAGAAAAGGGAGCAGGAAUUGAAAUAAAGAACUUCUUGGGAGAAAAAAUAGUUAGAACAAUCAAAUGUUUACCAGGAGUUGUGAUCACUAGAAAUGAAGCUGAAGAAAAGAGUAAACAGAAUAAAUUACAUAUUAGAUGUUUUAACUCUCACCGGAAAUGACCUUAAUAACGUAUCAUUAACAUGCGCAUUAAUUCAUUAAGCCUGUGCAGUUAAAAACAAAGAUAUCAGAUAAUUUUUAGACGGAAUCUACGUUUCAGAAAAGCGUUUAGAAGUUUGAAAUUGAAUAUUAUAAAGUAUAUUAUGACAUAUAUUUAUAUUGUAUUGUGGCU